AGUAUAAGUUUUUCGAAUUUUCGCGCGCAUUUUCAACAUCGAUGUCUACAAUCGAUGUUUCGAUGUUUUUGUCAAAACAUCGAUGGUUCGAUGGUGAAAAAUUUCGAAAAUCGAUAGUCCGAUGUCGAUUUUUUUUGCUAACAUCGCCCAUCCCUAUUCUUAUUCUUCUAGUCUGAUAAUAUAUAAAAAUAUAUAGAGUUGCUACAGUACCAACAUUGUAUUUUAUUUCUUUAUUCGCACACAGAUUGAAUUUGUAACGUCUGUGUUUGUAAGUAUGUGUACUUACAUAGUUAUAUCUAAUGUAUGUAUACACAGUGCAUAACUGUGUAUAUGAUUUUAUGUUUAGUCCGUUUUUUAACUACUUUGACAUUAACAACAGAGCCAAAUUAUUCAAAAAAUGCUCAGAUGAUCACUCAAAAUUAAAAAACUAUAUAAGAAGACACUAGUAUGGUUAUAACAAGAGAGAUAAAUAUAUGGGAAAGAGGCGCCAAGACCUUUGAUGCUAUAAACUUCAGUAGAAACUACCUGUUUAUCCAAACUGAGACGUGACUGUUCUGGGAAUCCCAAAAACCAGUAACCAAUUAGUUAAAAGAUACUGUAUAAAAAAAUCAUAAGCUAUGACAGUAGAUAUGGAUUACUUGUCAAAUUGGGAUGAGUAUCAAUCAAGAUAUAGUCAUCUUAAGCAAAAAUUCUUGGAGAUAGCAAGUCUUCACGUCAACAGUACAAAUUUAGAAAACAUUAAACUAUUUUACGAUCGUGAUAUUAAUUCAAAACGUGUCACAGAUGAAAUUAAAAAUCUUGCGGAUUUGCUAAAAAUAUUGGAAAAUCGGUCAGUGCUGUCUUACAAUAAAAUUAACGUCUUGAAAGAAAUCGCUGAAACAUAUAUUAAGGAUGUGGUGCUAAACCAGGUCAUCAAAGAUUAUGAAGCUCAACAUCAACUUCAUCAAACACUGCCGCUGUUUAAUAUUUAUAAAUAUCGAAGUGGUGAGUACUUCAGCAUAGAACCGAAUAAUGAUAAUUUAUGUAAUAAUAAUGUCAAUAAUCAGUUGGAAAUACUAAGUGAUCAUGAAGGUACGAAUCUUUUAAAUAUUGAAUCAACUAUAAAUUAUUUACAAUCAACGCCAGAAAAUAUAUUAAAUUUACAAUCAAAUAAUGAAAUAAAAUUGUCCACAUUUGAGACAAUUAAUAUAAACCAGAAUACUUGUGUUUCACAAGAUAGUUCAAAGUCAUUAUUGAAAUACAUUGUAGUUUGUAUAAGUGUUUCAUUAUUGGUGAUAGUACUUAUCAUUAUUUUAUAUUUCAUUAUCUCUUAUAUAAAAUCACCAGCAUUAGCAGCAUCAACAUCAAGUUCGUCAGCUGGACCAGAGCCUACUCAAUCUACAGGCUACCAUCAAACUCACACCGUGACUUUGUCUUAUGAACAUCAUAACCAACAGCCAACUGGGUUAAAAACUUUUCAAUUAUCAGAUCUUCAAGCAAAAAUUUUUCAUUUGGUUAGUGAUAAUAUAGGAAGAUACUGGAGAGAUUUAGCUCGAAUUUUGGAUGUAAAAGAGGCUCAUAUUGAUUCGAUAGAAUUAAAAGACAUACCCGUCAAGGAUAAAUCUUUUCAAGUAAUUUAUUUUUAUACUUUGGAGAUAUUUAUAUCAAGAUGUCUGGGAUGUGACUGGGAAAAAAAAUUGAUACAAUCAUUAAAUACCAUUCGUCGCAGAGAUUUAGCCGAAAUGGUUCAAGAUGUACUUGCUAAAAAUAGUUGAGAACUAAUUUUUGUUAAAUUUUAUUUUGGUAGAAUGUUCUUGACUAAGUACAUAAAUUCCAACGUAAUUAUAUAAAACUCAAUAAUGGAUUUACUAAAAACUCCUUAACAAAUAAAUAAAACGCUUAAAUUAAA